GACGCGCUGCAGACGGCGGGCCUUGCGUUGCAACUGGGCCAAGUGACGAGAGAUAGGUGGCACAUCGCCGGGGAUCCCUAGCCAAUUUUUUACCAGGGGUGCACGCGGGUGAAUUUCCGCGCCGCUGGAAGGCAAAGGGUGUUCGAACCUAAUUUAUCCGUUCCGUUUGUGACGGAGAGAGGGAGAAAAUCAUGGCUGCGCCGGUGCCUGUGCUCUUCAGCGAGGCUUUGAACCUGGUGCAAACUGCCGGAGUGGCGCCGGAGUCGAUCAAGUUCGGGACGUGCUCCCUCCAGAGUGACAAGUACAUAUGUGUCUGCCAGGGGGGAGAGCUGGUGAUCGUGGACAUGACCGCGGGCAAUGCAGUGAAACGGUGGCCCAUCUCCGCCGAGGCUGCUAUCAUGAACCCCACCCAGAAGAUCGUGGCGCUAAGGGCCCAAGGCCAGCUCCAGAUCUUUAACCUGGAGGCGAAGAGCAGGCUGAAGAGCCACACGAUCUCGGAGCCGAUCGUGUUCUGGAAGUGGUUCGACGCGACGACGAUCGCGCUCGUGACCGCCUCGGCGGUGUUCCACUGGUCCAUGGGGGGUGACUCUGGCCCGCAGAAGAUCUUCAACCGCGACGCCAAGCUGGAGGGGUGCCAGGUGAUCGGCUACAACGUGAGCGCGGAUGGAAAGUGGUGCCUUGCCGUGGGGAUCUACCAGGCUUCUCCUGGAGUUAUCGCCGGAACCAUGCAGCUCUACAGCGUGGACAAGCGCGUGUCGCAGAUACUGAACGGGCACACGGGAACCUUCGCCAAGAUCAAGGUCCCCGGCCGUGUGGAAGAGGCGCAGGUGCUAUGCUUCGAGGAGAAGAAGGUUGACUCCCCCGCCAAGCUGUACGUGAUGGAGGUCGGCAGGGACAAGGACGCGCCGGGGGGCGUGUUCCGGUUGUCCCCCCAGCAGAUCCCCAACGCCGCGGACGCGCCCAACGACUUCCCGGUGGCGAUGCAGGUGAGCCCCAAGCACGACAUCAUCUUCAUGAUCACCAAGAUGGGGUACCUGUUCAUGUUCGACAUCCACUGCGGGAAGGCCCUGUACCGCGCCAAGAUCAGCGAGCAGACUAUCUUUGUCACCACUACCCAGGACGCGACCGGAGGCAUCGUCGGCAUCACCGCCCGCACCGGAGCCGUCCUCCAGAUCUCGGUCAACGAGGCCACCCUGGUGCCCUACGUGGUCAACACCCUCCGGGACUCGGCCCUCGCCAUCCAGCUCGCCGCCCGCCUUAACCUGCCCGGCGCUGACGACUUGUACAUGUCGGAGUUUAACCGCAUGCUGGCGUCGAACGACGUGGCCGCUGCGGCCAGGCUUGCGGGGGAGUCUCCCAACGGUCUGCUGCGGACCGCCGCUACGAUCCAGCGGUUUCAGCAGAUUCCCGCUGUGCCCGGGUCACCGCCGCCGGUGUUCCAGUACUUCUCCGUGCUGCUGGAGCGCGGCAAGCUCAACGGCAUGGAGAGCAUCGAGCUCACCCGCCCCGUGCUUACCCAGGGCCGCACUGACAUGCUCGAGAAGUGGCUGACCGAGGACAAGCUGGAGUGCUCCGAGGAGCUCGGAGACCUCAUCUCCCAGGUGGACGCCAAUAUGGCCCUCUCCGUAUACCUGCGCGCCAACGCCGCUGAGAAGGUCGUGAACUCCUUCUCCCAGAGGGGGGAGUUCGACAAGAUGGUGGCCUACGCCUCCAAGGUCGGCUACCGGUGCGACUACACCGUCAUGCUCCAGAACAUGGUGCGAACGAACCCCCAGGGGGCCCUAGCCUUCGCCAAGAAGGCCGCGACCACGGAGCCCCCGCAGAUCGACCCCAAUACGGUGGUGGAGACGUUCAUGUCGGCCAGCCUGGUGCAGGAGACGACCGCCUUCCUGCUGGAGGCCCUCAAGAACAACAAGAAGGAGGAGGGUUACCUGCAGACGAAGCUGUUGGAGAUCAACCUCCUCGGGGGUUCCCCGCAGGUGGCCGACGCUAUCCUCGACAACGACAUGUUCACUCACUACGACCGUACCCACGUGGCCAAGCUGUGCGAGAACGCCGGCCUGUACCAGAGGGCCCUUGAGCACUACAGCACCCCCGCCGACAUCAAGCGGCUCAUGUCCUAUGCCCCGGCGAUGAACUCUGAGUUCAUCGUGAGCUACUUCGGCACUCUCUCGAGGGAGACGUCGAUUGACGUCAUGAAGGAGAUGCUCGGCAAGAACAUGCGCCAGAACCUGCAGAUGGUGGUCCAGAUCGCCACGGCGUACUCCGACCAGAUCGGGGCUGAAUCUCUGAUGGAGAUGUUCGAGAGCUUCAAGCUGUACGAGGGCCUCUUCUACUACCUGGGAGCGAUCGUGAACAACUCCACGGAGCCGAACGUGCACUUCCGGUACAUCCAGGCCGCUGCCAAGAUGCAGCAGUUCAAGGAGGUGGAGAGGGUGUGCCGCGACUCUACUGUCUACGAACCGGAGAAGGUGAAGAAGUUCCUGAUGGACGCCAAGCUGCCAGACCCGCGUCCCCUGAUCCACGUGUGCGACCGUCACGACUUUAUCGAAGAGAUGACCGGGUACCUGUACAACAACAACAUGCAGAAGUACAUCGAGGUGUACGUGCAAAAGGUGUCCCCACAGAAGACCCCCAUGGUCGUGGGCAAGCUGCUGGACCUGGAUGCCCCCGAGGACUUCAUCCGACAGCUGCUCAACUCGGUCGGCCACCAGUGCCCCGUCGACGAGCUGGUCGAGCAGGCGGAGAGGCGCAACCGCCUCCGCCUCCUCCAGCCCUGGCUCGAGGCCAUGGUGUCCACGGGGAACACAGAGACGGCUACCCACAACGCCGUCGGGAAGAUCUACGUGACUCUCAACAAGGACCCGGUCACCUUCCUCACCAGCAACCAAUUCUACGACCCCAAGGUGCUCGGUAAGUACUGCGAGAAGCUGGACCCGUCCAUGGCCUUCCUUGCCUACAAGAAGGCGGGCGGCGCCUGCGACGAUGACCUCCUUCGGGUGACGAGCGAGAACGGCCUCUUCAAGAACCAGGCGCGGUAUCUCGUGGAGAAGCAGGACAUGGAGCUUUGGGCCAAGGUGCUGACGAAGGCGGAGGGAGAGACGCAGGAGCCCGCCUCCCGGCGCGCCCUGAUCGAGCAGGUGGUGCAGACGGCGCUUCCCGAGACAAAAAAUGCCGACGAAGUUUCCACCACCGUGAAGGCGUUCAUGAACGCCGACUUGCCGUCGGAGCUGAUCGAGCUGCUCGAACGCAUCGUGCUCCAGGGUUCCGACUUCUCCGAGAACAAGAACCUUCAGAACCUUCUCAUCCUGACGGCCAUUAAGGCCGACCGCGAGCGCGUGAUGGAGUACGUCAACCGCCUGGACAACUUCGACGGACCGGAGAUCGCCAAGAUCGCGGCUUCGGAACAGUACGAGCUCUUCGAGGAGGCGCUCCUGAUCUACACCAAGUGCGGCAAGAAGAGCGAGGGCGAGGAGAAGACCGCCAUGCACGUCAGCGCCGCCGAGGUACUGGUGGACAACCUGAAGGACCUCAACAGGGCCAAGGACUUCGCGGAGCGGGUCGCGGACAGCGCCGUUUGGAGCAAGGUCGCCAAGGCUCAGCUGGACGAAGACAUGUGCGUGGAGGCUAUCGCGUCUUACAUCAAGGCGGAGGACCCCAGCUACUAUGCAGAGGUGAUCGAGGCCGCCGAGCGCGACGGUGCGUUCGAGCAGCUGGUGCUGUACCUGCGCAUGGCCCGCAAGGAGGUGAAGGAGGCCAUUAUCGAGAACGAGCUCAUCUACUCUCUCGCCAAGACCAAUGCCCUGGGCGACCUCGAAGAGAUCAUCGCCGCUCCCAACGUGGCUAACAUCGAGGGCAUCGGAGAGCGCUGCUUCGACGAAGGCAUGUACGAGGCGGCCCGCCUGCUCUUCAAGAACAUCCACAACAACGCCAAGCUCGCCCUGUGCCUCGUGCACCUCGGCCAGUACCGAGAGGCUGUCGAGGCGGCUACGAAGGCCAACGCUGUCAACACCUGGAAGCAGGUCUGCUACGCGUGUGUGCGCGCGGACGAGUUCCGACUCGCCGGUGUUUGUGGUCUGCACAUCCUCAAGCACCCCGACCACGUUGAGGAGCUCAUCCAGCACUACGAGAGGGCGGGCCAUCCCACGGAGCUCAUCCAGCUCAUGGAGCAGGGUUUGGGUCUGGAGGAGGCCCACUCCGGGGUGUUCUCGGAGCUGGCGGUGCUCUACUCCAAGUACAGCCCCGAGAAGCUGAUGGAGCACAUCAAGAUAUUCUGGUCCCGUUGCAACGUCACCAAGGUGCUGCGCGCGUGCGAGAGGGCUCUCCUGUGGGACGAGGCGGUGUACCUGUACAAGGAGGACGGACAGUACGACUCCGCCGUGAAGACCAUGAUCGACCACUGCGUCUGCUUCAAGCACGAGCUGUUCCUCGACUGUGUUACCAAGGUACGAAACCAGGAGGUGAACUACAAGGCCAUCGCCUUUUACCUGGAGCAGCACCCUCUCAAGCUCGUCAGGCUGCUGGAGGUGCUUACCCCCAACCUGGACCACAGUCGCGUGGUUCACCAGCUGAGGAAAGCGGAGAACCUGCCUCUCGCGAUCGACUACCUCAAGUCGGUGCAGAAGGAGAAUGUGGCUGCCGUGAACGAGGCCUUGAGCGAGCUGUACAUCGAGGACGAGGACCACGAGAAGCUGAGAGAGUCGGUAGACGACUACGACAACUUCGACCAGGUCGCUCUGGCACAGCGCAUCGAGAAGCACGAGCUGCUGGAGUUCAGGCGCAUCUCCGCGUACGUGUACAAGAAGAACCGGCGGUUUCAGCAGUCCGUCGCCCUCAGCAAGGGGGACAAGAUGUACAAGGACGCCAUCGACACGGCGGCGGAGUCGGGCGACUCUUCUCUUGCGGAAGACCUGCUGUCAUUCUUCGUCAACAUCGGGGACAAGGAGUGCUUCUGCGCGGCCCUGUACACGUGCUACUCGCUCGUGCGGCCAGACGUUGCGAUGGAGCUUGCCUGGCGCAACAACUACACGGACUACGCGAUGCCGUUUAUGAUCCAGUACUUGCGCAACCUCCACGAGAAGGUCGAGGCCAUCGACACCCGCACCAAGGUGUCCGUGGACAAGGAGGAGGACGCCGCCGCCGCCGCCACCGCCGCCGCUGCCGCCAGCAUGAUGGACCCGGGGAUGAUGAACGGCGGCCCGGCUCUCUUGACCAACACGCCUUUCAAUGUCCCUGGCCAGAUGGGAGGCUACGGCCAGAUGGGCGACCUGUCCAUGGGCAUGGGAGGAGGGGCCACAGGGAUGGGGAUGGGGGGGAUGGCGCCGGGGGGCAUGCCGCAAAUGGGGGGCAUGCCCGGCCCUGGAAUGAUGGGGCCGGGAGGGGGCAUGGGUUUCUGAGGAAAAGGAACACCAUUCUGUUGUGAAUGAGGAGUAAAAUCACUUGUUCUUCUAGCCCUGGACAAGGAAGGAAGAAUCAGACCCCUCUCGAGGGUUGGAGGGGGGGGGGAGGGGGAGGUUAUCGCAACGCUUGCUUGCCUCGGGGUUGGUAUGGUAUUGCUGCGCCACGACGGGGGACCCCGUGGCUGUUAUUUGUUAUUUUCCGUGCCGGGAUGGGACGGUCGGCGCGAGGCGUGAUUUGCUGUUGCUGUUGCUGUUGCUGUUAGGGUAGGAAAUUUUGCGGUGGACACUUUUGGCGCCCAGUGUGGCGAUCAUGAAAGGGCAGAGAUGGGAACCGAGUGGUCAUCUUCAGCAGCAGCAGAAGCAGCAGGGUCGGGCUCAAUGUUUCGAUCAUUUUCAUUAUUGAUCAGCUAUACGAAUGGUUGGGCGUAGUGAAAGGAUGGACGGAGGGGGACCGGCAGACGCAGACGUCAACUAGGGCGGGGGGGCGUCAACGAAUUGUUGGGUUCCGCGGUUUUUAUUUUUUUUCAAACCCCGUCAUUUGUUUCUCCGGCAUGGUACGCGGUUGCACGUGGGACCGAGGAAAGCUUGAAGAGGGGAAUUCGGGUAGGGUCGGGGGCGAAACCAAAUGUGUCCCAGUCAGUUCGCAAGGGGGACUGCCCACAAAUGAGUGCCCGUACUUUACGUCAGAGCGGGGGGGUAAACUUGCAGCGGUCUGAUUUUGAGGGGGGCGAGUCAACAUUGCGUUUGCCACUGCUCAUUGUGGUAGAAAUUAGAGCAGUGCCAAUCAUGUCGCUGGCGACACGCUUUGUUUCGCGUGUCCCGCACGAUGGCGACGACCAUGGCUGCCUGUAGUUCCUAGUAAUGUGUGUAUGAAGAAAGGCUAUGGUAAUAUAUUGAGGAAACAAUAUAUUUAGCUGGUCCCUGGCUGUGGAUUGGAGACGCAUGCUCUGCCGGAAUAACCGCGUUGCCGUGGUUUGGUUCACGACAUGAUUUCCAAUCAAGCAGAGAGUUCGCUUUGCGCGAGAGCUGUAUGAAGAAGCCAGAAAAUGAUCCGUGCUCUUGUGUUGUCUCUCAGGGUCCUCCUGUCCGUCGUGUCGGCUACGGUCCACACCAGUUGGAGGAUGACUGCUGUAGUGCCCCGUACGGCCGCAAUGUACGUACCCCGCCGUACGUGUAGCGGCUACGUCGCACCCUGUGACGAACGGAAACGCUAUCCUCGACUUUGGCCUCUCGCUGGCAUCUCACCUGCGGUGCAUGUGUCGCGGGGAACAACAAACUUGUGACCCGCAAGAACUGCCACUUGACUCUGGCCACAUAGGAGGUCGGGAGUCUACGGUCUGAUCAGUUGUGUUUUUUUGUUGUGGGCACUAGUUCUACACCUAUCUAUGCAUCCCCCGCUUGCCGGUCUCUACGCCCAGCACUCUGCAAGCUAUAGUUUUAGUGCACUCGGGAAGAACGGGCGCCUAAAACGUAACUGCCGAAAACCCGAAGAUAUCAUGAAGGCUCGUCGCG